UUUAUGGGUAACAGGAUUAACCGAACAAGUUCUUAGUUGUGUAUCUUAUUUCCACGUACACCUAGUUGCUUGGGUUGAGCUGAGGUGGAUUGAAGUGGUUCGAGAGAGCUUUGAGAGGGAUUUUGAUCUAUUGUGGAUUUAGGCACUAUUGACAGAUCACAGUGUAAGGAGUAUAAGGAGAUGAUGAGAUCACAGUGUUUUUCUGGUUCGAUCAAAAGUGCAUGGCGAAGUUGGGUAGGACAGCAUGUGAAACCCAAAAGUUCUGCCAUCCCGUCUUGACAGAAGUUGACGUCGCAUCUAAGAAGGUUCAAUUCGGUUGACUAAGCCUUGAUAAUAAAUAUACCACCCAAAGAGCUUUCUCGUCACUGCUCUCCCGGCCCUCUCUAGUCUCAACGUUUCAUUCCUUGAGCUUUGCGAUGACAUGGGAGCAGCGUUAGGGCGCAGGACGUAGACGACGACGUACGGUCACCGGCCGGCAUCCAUGGACGAUUCAAGCUCACAGCCAGCCACAAUUGAUGCAUGCAGAGUGAGCGGAGGAGAAGAGAGAAACCAAAGGAGGGAGGAGGACGACGACGAGGAGACGGCGGCGGCGGAGGCAGAGGCCGGCAACGGCAGCCAGCUGAUGGUGGUGCCCGAGGACGGGUACGAGUGGAAGAAGUACGGCCAGAAGUUCAUCAAGAACAUCCAGAAAAUCAGGAGCUACUUCCGGUGCCGGCACAGGCUGUGCGGCGCCAAGAAGAAGGUGGAGUGGCACCCGCGCGACCCCAGCGCGGCCCUCCGCGUCGUCUACGAUGGCGCGCACCAGCACGGCGCCGCGCCGCCGGCGGCUCCGGAGCAGGGCGGCGGCGGCGGCGCCUCCAACAGAUACGAGCUGGGCGCGCAGUACUUCGGCGCCGGGCCGGCCGGGUCAGGGUGACACCUGACAACGCGAGGAGGAAGGCCGGCCGGCGUCGCGCCACGCAUGCAUCAGUUCUGGCUGCCGCUGCUUCCAGGUUCCAUCUCUUUCGCUGCGCAACGGACGACGGCGGCGGCAGGUGGCUGGUGCUGCCGGUGCCGGUUGACGCCUUGCGCCGGCGCAACGUGAUGUUGAGUGCGGAUUGGCUGUUGCUGCACGCUCCGAUCAACUCUGUUAUUGUCCUAGUAAUUAGGACGAUGGCGCAUAUGGUUUUUUUAUGCAUCAAAAAUAAAAUACUCUCUCUAUCCCAAAUCAAAAUUCUUUUUUAGAUAAUUAAUAAAUCCAUACAGUAAUUGUUUUAUAUAUGUGUCUAGAUUCAUCUUCUUAUAUUUUUGGACUGAGGUUUGGAAGUGGGAACUAGCACAGCCGCUAUUAUGUUUUGUUUUUGCAAUCCUAAUCUGAAAAGUGAACAUCAACCUCAAGGAUAGGGAUGGCAACGGGUUUAAAACCCGUAGGUAUAGAGAUUACAAACCCGUAUCUACAAGAUUAAUGUUAAACCCGUACCCGCACCUGUUACCCGCAACGGGUAGCGUAUGUUACCCAAACCCGCUACCCGCGGGUUUAUGGCACCCGCGGGCACAA